AAGCGAGAGGGGCGGCCUCCGCAUCACCCCUGCAUCAUGCACAAACGUCAGCAUGGUUUCUGUAAGCAGAGAGUGGUGGGGUUUACUGCCUUUUUUCCAUACCCAAUACCAUGGCCUCUCCUUCCUUACAGCUUCCUUUCAAUUGCUUAUCUCUUUCCUCAAUCAUCGCCUACCCCUACUUUCCUUCCCCUCUAUUAAAGCCUUAUCGUUCCAUCCCCUGACCUGAACAAGUUAUGGUCAGUUAAAGAAAUCAUAUGGCUACUACUGAUCACAAACCUAGAAUCAACAAAAUCAAGGCCAUCAAGGAGCUUGUUGAGGGUCAGGAGUGCGCCUCCAAGCUUCAAUUCCUUCUCCACAACCCUUCUCAACAGCAUGCCUCUGCGUCUGUUGGAGAAGACCUUGUGCUCAAGAUCCUCAAAUCUUUCUCCCAGACACUCUCUGUUCUAAGUUCCUCUGACUCUGAGUCCUUCAUGGAGGCGUCAGCAAAUUCCCCUGAUGAUUCGCCUUCUGACGAAUCUAGUGAGAGCAGGAAGAGAGCGCCUCCAAAGGACAGGAGGGGUUGUUACAAGAGAAAAAGGAAUGCACAGACAUGGACAGUAGUCUCUCCCACAACGGAAGACGGUCACGCAUGGCGGAAAUAUGGGCAGAAGGCAAUUCUGAAUUCUAAACACCCCAGGAGCUACUUUAGGUGCACCCGGAAGUAUGAUCAAGGGUGUGGUGCCACCAAACAAGUCCAAAGAAAGGAGGACGAUCCACAAAUGUACCAAACCACCUACAUAGGCGUCCACACUUGCAAGGAAACAGGGAAGGCUCCACCGAUUGUGCCAGAUUCAAGUUCCUGGGACUGGGAGCCAAUAAAUCCGCCCAAACAACAAGAACCUGAGGAUCCAGCUGUGAUGUGGAAGGAUCUAGCGAUGGGUUUUGGUUCCUCCGACGCUGCAAUAAAAAUGGGGGAUAUUGAUGAUGAGGUUUCAUGUAAGAGUUUGGAAAUGGAUUCUAUGGUUAGGAGUGCGGGUUUUUACAGUAACUUCCAUUUUGAUGAAAGUGAUGAGUUCCCUCAAGGCCUUUAAAUUAAUUUACUGGCUCAGUAGUUAGUCCAUUUAUAUAAUAAUAACAUUAGUAGUAACAUAUUCCAUGAGCUGUAAUUAUAUAAACUGCUCAUGUCAUCAUAUAAUAGCGGUGGAGUCAUUAACUGUUUUUGGUAGGGUAAGAAGGAUAUUUUGUUUAAGAAAUAGUGUAUAUAUGAGUAAAUUAAAAUUUCAAUA